AUCAGAUGAAAUUUCUUGAAGGGGCAUCAACAUUUUUGUCUCUUUACAAUUAAUUACAAAUUUAAAAGAAAAAAUCAAAAUAUUAUGAAUAUUGACGAAAACAAUAGCAAUACUGUUUGUAAUAAUAAUGAAAAUGCUAAAAAUAUAGAAACAGAUCUAGAGAAUAGCUGUUCCGAUACUGCUAACAAAUUUGGUGGUUCCGUAUCUAUGACCGCAGUUAUGGCCAAGGAAUUUCCAUCUUCCAAGUGGAUAAAACUAAAUGUUGGUGGUAAGGUAUUUCUUACCACAAUAUGGACAUUGGUAAGCAAAGAGCCGGAGAGUAUGUUGGCACGUAUGUUUUCACAAGAUGGAGCUAUGCUACCUAGUAACCAAGAUGAACAAGGGGCUUAUUUAAUAGAUCGGAGUCCGCAUUAUUUUGAACCAAUUAUUAACUAUUUAAGACAUGGCCAGUUAAUAGUUGAUCAAAAUGUCAGUUUGGAGGGUGUUUUGGAGGAGGCAAAAUUUUUUGGUCUAGAAACGUUGGUUAGCCAAUUAGAACCACAAAUAUUACAACAGAAUCAGUCAAUGGAUAAUGUACCUUUGACUCGAAGAGAUGUCAUUAAGGCUUUAAUACAAACAUCACAAAUAACAGAGAUUCGUUUCCAGGGCGUGAACUUAGCAGGUGCUGACUUAAGAAAGCUGGACUUUCGUAACAUAAAUUUUAAGUAUGCUUGCAUGCAAAGAUGCAAUCUAUCACACGCUAAUCUAACAUAUUGCUGUUUGGAACGUACGGAUUUGGCAUUUGCCAAUUUAGAAUGUGCUCAACUUGUAUCCGUUAAAGGUUUGUGUGCCAACAUGGAAGGUGCCAAUUUAAGGGGAUGUAAUUUUGAGGACCCAUCCGGUUUACGCACUAACCUUGAGGGCGUUAAUCUUAAAGGUGCUUGCUUAGAAAGUUCUAAUAUGGCAGGCGUCAAUCUUAGAGUGGCCAAUCUUAAAAAUGCUAAUAUGAAAAAUUGCAAUCUACGAGCUGCAGUAUUGGCGGGCGCAGAUUUGGAACGUUGUAAUUUAUCUGGCAGUGAUUUACAGGAGGCCAAUUUGAGAGGAGCUAAUCUAAAAGAUGCUGAACUUACUCUUAUGGUUACUCCAUUGCAUAUGGCUCAAGCCAUACGCUAAAUUAUGACAUCGAACAUUGCUUUAAAAGAAGUGUUUGAUGCAUUAUUUCUGUGAUGCCUCGUUCUUUUUUAUUCUUUGUACAAGAAAAAUAUAUUUAAUCAUUUCCUUAUGUAUUCAUUUAUUCCAAUAAUGUGACUUUUUCAUGACUACCUACCACUUUCCUUUUUAGAAUAUAAGUUUAUGUGAAUAUCUUCAUUUAAUUUUAUAAUGUUAAAUAAUUUAAAUAAAAAAAAUCAAAUUAUAUUUUCACAAAAA